AUGCCGCUUCUAAAAGGGUUCGAAAACCUUAGAAUGCAAUUGGAUUCUAUAAAAUCAACAACCAACACAUUUGCAAAAGAUAAUCAGAUCGGCGGAGGAGGAUUUGGACCGGUGUUCAAGGGAGAACUCCUUUCCAAAGAGAAGACGAUGAUCACAGUGGCUGUAAAACGUUUAAAUCGUGAGUUUGGCCAAGGAGACCCUGAGUUUUUCAAGGAGAUCAUUAUGCUUUCAGCUUACAAACAUGAAAAUAUAAUAUCCCUCUUAGGGUAUUGUGAUGAGGAAGAAGAGAAGAUCCUAAUCUACGAAUAUGCAUCAAAGCAAAGUCUCGACAGACAUCUCCGCAGCAAGGAGUUAACGUGGGUCAAACGCCUUCAAAUAUGCAUCGGGUCUGCCCGCGGUCUAGCAUACCUUCAUGAUCCCGCUGGGGGGCAUCAAAGACUAUUGCAUCGCGAUAUUAAAAGUUCCAACAUUUUAUUAGAUGAAAACUGGAACGCAAAGAUCGCGGAUUUCGGUCUAUCCAAAAUGGGUCCAGCCAACCAGCAAAUCUCAUUUUAUAUCAUCCAUAACAUCAGUGUUGUAGGGACGCUUGGGUAUACAGAUCCGUAG